CCAGGGUCGGGGUCGGGGUCGGGAGUCCCUCGGCGCCCGGCAAGCUUCUGCUCAUUCCCACAGGAGACCACUCAGGUCUUUCCCAGACCCCUCCAGCUCUUCUCCACACCCUUUCCCGAAUUCUCUUAGCCUCCCCUCCAGGGCCCGAGUCGCCUCUCUCAGGAGCCCCGCGGCCAGCGUGCUCAGUCCCAGUCCACUCCCAGCCGGUUCUGGUCCCUCCGCCCCUUUCUCUCGGCCGGUCCCGGUGAUCCCUCCCACCCCCGGUCCUUCCACUCCCACCUCGGGCCGUCCCGGUCCCGUCCCACCCCGGAGUGCCCUCAGGACACCCCUCGGACGGCUCCUCACUCGCCCUCCGGGACCGUCGCGGUCCCCUCCCGGCCCCCCCCGGCCGUCCCGGCGGCCAUUGCUCCAAGAUGGCGGCGGCGGCGGCGGCGGGAGCGCAGCUUAGCUGGGCUGGAACUGCCCUCCUGGAACUCCCCCAGCCUGCAACCUAGGAGAUGCAAGGACUGAGGCUCAGGCCAAAUCACAACUCAGACCCAGUGAACCCAAGGCCUGAAGAGAAUUUGGAUUCAUUUACAUUGUUCUGUGGGGACUGGAGAGACAAACUCUUAGCUUAACUGUCCUCUCUGGCUCUGACUACCAUUUCUAAGGCAAGCCCCCUGUUUCUACUCUUGCGCCCCCUGCUGGUGUCCUGCCCUGUGUGUAAGUUGCAUGGCUUUUGUCCGUUUUUUUUUUUUUUGUUUUUUUUUUUUUUUGAGACAGGGUCUCGCCCAGGCUGGAGUGCAGUGGAGCAAUCUCGGCUCGCUGCAACCUGCGCCUCCCAAGUUCAAGCGAUUCUCACACUUCAGCCUCCCCAGUAGCUGGGAUUACAGGAUGCCCCGGAGGCCCAGCUAGCCCCAGACUUCAGCCCCAUGCGGCUCACCCGCUGCCAGGCUGCCCUGGCGGCCGCCAUCACCCUCAACCUUCUGGUCCUCUUCUAUGUCUCGUGGCUGCAGCACCAGCCUAGGAAUUCCCGGGCCCGGGGACCCCGCCGUGCCUCCGCUGCCGGCCUCCGUGUCACCGUCCUGGUGAGGGAGUUCGAGGCAUUUGACAACGCGGUGCCCGAGCUGGUAGACUCCUUCCUGCAGCAAGACCCGGCCCAGCCCGUGGUGGUGGCAGCCGACACGCUCCCCUACCCGCCCCUGGCCCUGCCCCGCAUCCCCAACGUUCGUCUGGCGCUGCUCCAGCCCGCCCUGGACCGGCCAGCCGCAGCCUCGCGCCCGGAGACCUACGUGGCCACCGAGUUCGUGGCCCUGGUACCUGAUGGGGCGCGGGCUGAGGCACCUGGCCAGCUAGAGCGCAUGGUGGAGGCGCUCCGCGCGGGAAGCGCACGUCUGGUGGCCGCCCCGGUUGCCACGGCCAACCCUGCCAGGUGCCUGGCCCUGAACAUCAGCCUGCGAGAGUGGACCGCCCGCUAUGGCGCAGCCCCCGCCGCGCCCCGCUGCGACGCCCUGGACGGAGAUGCUGUGGUGCUCCUGCGGGCCCGCGACCUCUUCAACCUCUCGGCGCCCCUGGCCCGGCCGGUGGGCACCAGCCUCUUUCUGCAGACCGCCCUUCGCGGCUGGGUGGUGCAGCUGCUGGACUUGACAUUCGCCGCGGCGCGCCAGCCCCCACUGGCCACGGCCCACGCGCGCUGGAAGGCGGAGCGCGAGGGACGCGCUCGGCGGGCGGCGCUGCUCCGCGCGCUGGGCAUCCGCCUAGUGAGCUGGGAGGGCGGGCGGCUGGAGUGGUUCGGCUGCAACAAGGAGACCACGCGCUGCUUCGGAACGGUGGUAGGCGACACGCCCGCCUACCUCUACGAGGAGCGCUGGACGCCCCCUUGCUGCCUGCGCGCGCUGCGCGAGACCGCCCGCUAUGUGGUGGGCGUGCUGGAGGCUGCGGGCGUGCGCUACUGGCUCGAGGGCGGCUCACUGCUGGGGGCCGCCCGCCACGGGGACAUCAUCCCAUGGGACUACGACGUGGACCUGGGCAUCUACUUGGAGGACGUGGGCAACUGCGAGCAGCUGCGGGGGGCAGAGGCCGGCUCGGUAGUGGAUGAGCGCGGCUUCGUAUGGGAGAAGGCGGUCGAGGGCGACUUUUUCCGCGUACAGUACAGCGAAAGCAACCACCUGCACGUGGACCUGUGGCCCUUCUACCCCCGCAAUGGCGUCAUGACCAAGGACACGUGGCUGGACCACCGGCAGGAUGUGGAGUUCCCCGAGCACUUCCUGCAGCCGCUGGUGCCCCUGCCCUUUGCCGGCUUCGUGGCGCAGGCGCCUAACAACUACCGCCGCUUCCUGGAGCUCAAGUUCGGGCCCGGGGUCAUCGAGAACCCCCAGUACCCCAACCCGGCACUGCUGAGUCUGACGGGAAGCGGCUGAAGCCCUGAUAACCUCGCCUUUGUUUUUCGGGGGUCUGUCUGAAUGUGGAGAAGCUCUGUGUGAGUGGUGAGGGGUGGAGGGAUGUCGCGGAGAGGGGAAGGGGGAAACUGACCAAGAAAGAAAUUUGAGGGAGAGCAUGAGAGAAGGCUGACAUUGGCAGGAGGAGAGCACCAGGACGAGGAUGGGAAGCGACCUCCAGAUUUAUCAAAUAGUCAUGCCCACUGGGAGCCGUAGAUAUGCGUGGGGACAUCCUGGGUCAUCCCAGUCAUGGAGGGAGACAGGGAUGUCACGCCGUCCCGCAGGGCCCAGCAUGGCCCCAGACCCGAAAAAAGUGUCCUGCCCAAGAUUCCGAGAGCCCUGCGCUCUAGGGCAGGGGCAGAGUUUUGGAAACAGUGCAGGCUCUGGAGCCAGACUGGCAAGAUUCAAAUUCUGGCUCUAUCGCUUCGGAGCCAGGUGGGCCUGGGGGGGCGUCGCCAUUUCUCUGUGCCUCAGUUGCUUCCAGGAUGCGGGACCCUUGGCUGCAGGGGUUGCUUCCGCCACUAGAGGGCGCGCCGGUCCCGCUCCUGGUGGCCCACUGUGGCUGUCGGGGCGACUGUACGCCCAGGGCCUCUGUUCCAUAGCCAUCUUCUACUCUCUUGAGCCUUUGGACUUCUCUCCAAGCCCCUGUGGGAGGCGGACAGCAGUGACCACCGCCCCUUCUUUCCGACUGCGACCUCCUUCCCUCCUGGGAGAGCCGUGUGACCUGCAUGCUACUCUUAACUAUUCUAUUCAAGACUGAAUAGAAGUAUUUCAGUCUUGCAGAGAAGGAAAUGCUCAGACCUCCGAGGUGCGGCUGUGGUCGAGAACCGGGUGCUGGGCCGGGCGCGGGGGCUCACGCCUGUAAUCCCAGCACUUUGGGAGGCCGAGGUGGGAGGAUCGCUUGAGCCCAGGAGUUCAAGACCAGCCUCGGCAACAUGCGAAGACCCCCGUCUCUAUUUUUAAAAAAGAAAAAGAAGCGACUUCUGAAUCUCAGCUCCACUCAUGAUUAUUACCUCAUUAUUUCAGCUGUCUGCACCUAUUUCCCCACUUGCACGGCAGGGUAGACAAUGGUUUAACCAUAGCUCACACUCACUGAGCACCUACUGGGUACCAGGCACCAUUCUCAGUGCUUCACUUGGAUCAGCUAAUGCGUCCCUCACCUCAGCCCUCUGAAGUGACAGCUGCUAUUAUUUUCAUUAUACAGAUGAAGAAGCUGAGGCCAGAAUCGUGAAGUCACUUGCUCAAGGUCAGGCAGCUUAGGAAGGGGCAGAUCCGGGGCUUGAACCCAGGUGCUCAGGCUCUGGAGCCCACAAUUGUCUUACCCACUAUGCCCUCUCUAGUCAUGGUGCCCAAGAGGGGCUUGGAGACCCACUUAGCAGGUGAAAGCAAUGGCAGCCUUCCUUAUUUGAUUAUGCACCUAAGAAUAAAUGGUAUUUGGGCAUGUAUUCCCAAUAUGUGUAUAUUUAUUUAUAAAUACAUGCAGAUACUACUAUCUGUAUGUUAGUAAUAAAGCUUAAAUUAUUCCAUUUUAAAAUUA